UCUCCUCGUAGGGUCUUCCUUCGGCUUCUCGAUGUCGGGGUCCGAGUCCAGAUACUCGGCCGGGUCGGCGGGGAGCUCCGCGUUUUCGACGCCCAUCCUUCGACGGCAUAGGCAAUCGUGGAGCAACGAGGACAUCGAGUCCGCCGCAAGCAUCCGGAGUCGGAGCAGGAUGCGACGCAGCAUGCGCUCCAAGCUGGGGAGCAAAUCUUUCAACGACCUCGACGAUAGUGUGCACCUCACUAGUCCCGGGAAGCGAAUUGCGCGGUUCAGCAGCUCCGAGGGCACCACAUACGGACAUCGAACCGUUCGGAGCAGCCUGUCCUUCAGGGGGUUGCUGGGGUCGAUGGGGGGAAGCAGCAGCGUGGGCGGUGGACAGCAGUCGCCGCGACAGCAACAGCAACACCGGUCGGCCCUGUCCGGAAGGAGGGCGGUGGCGGUCCAGACCGCUGCGGCCCAUGUGACGGCGUCUCCGGGUACCGGGGUCCUCACGUCCGAGUCGUCGUGCUCCACCCAUUCCUUCGCCGUGCCGGCGGAAAAGAGGAGCAGCUCGUCGAGCGGCGGCGGAGCGGCCGCAGGCGAGAAGGACGGCAGGGGCGGCGGUCGUUCUGGAAGGCGGGGCCCGGUUGGAGGGGGGGCUUCUGCCGCUGGCGGGGUGCCGUACGAUCGCACCACGACCGUAGGUGGGGAAGGAAGGGAGGAGAAGAUAACGGUCCUGGGCUACAGCCGGCUCUUGGCGCGGUUCACCAAGGGUCCCAGUCCGAGGGGGGACCGACAGAAGCCACCCCCCCCGCCGCCAGACCGCUUCGCGGUGUCGGCGGCGGCGAGCCGAGAGGUCGGCAGCGGCACCACCAUUGCCACCGCGAGCAACCUGGGCGGCAGCAGCAGAAACAACUUCCUGAGCGGGAGCAGCGGCAGCGCCGCGAGCGGCGGCGGCGGCGGGGGAGGCGGUGGUGUCAGCGGCAGCGGUGGCAGCUGCGCGAGCAGCAGCACCAGUGGCAACAUCUCCGUGAGCCUGACCAACAAGCGGCGGGUCUUCACCUUCGCGAACAACAGCAGCAACAACAAGAACAAGGCGCCCACCACCACUACUACCUCCUGCGCGCACGCCGGGUCUCUGUCCGCGCCUCCGCCGUCGUCGGCGCCAUGUCCUGGCGCCGGCGCCGGCGAGCGCUCGGCACCCGUUAGCGCGACAGCCCCGUCCUCGGCCUACUCCUCGCCCCCGGGAGGGGCGAAACAGCGGCCCCUCCUCGUGCCUCUAGCAGCGCCGGCCACGGCUUCUCUAGCCACCGCCGAAGUGGCUGUGCGCCAGCCCUCCUCCUUCUCACCAGCGACGACGAGAGCGAGACCCGGUGCCGGCGAUACCGCCGGCGGCUUUGUCGACGGCGGCUCCGGGCCCAUCGGAGCGGCGGCGGCAGCGGCGGCGGCGGCCGCGGUAUCUUCCACGCGAAAGCCGUCCCGGUUCGUCGUUCCGUCCAUGUCCGGCUUCCCCGCGAUGAACCCCGCCCGCGGCGGGGGAGGGGGGGGGGGGGGGGUGAUGCUCCCGUCGCGGACCCCCCAGAUCGGGCCGCCGGGGGGCGCGGGGGCCGGGGGCGCGUUGUCGAGUGGCGACGGUCAGGCUGCUGCUGCUGCUGCUCCUGCCGGGGGACCCGAGGGCGGCGAGGGUGGCGGCAACGGCCUACAAGGGCGCGAGGGCGGGAACGGUCCGAGGAACGCCGCGGCGGCCGGGUUUUGGUCGAGGGCCCAGAGCAGCGGGUCCUCCGCGGGCGGCGGGUCGGCGGUGGCGGCACCGCUUUCGCUGGCGACCGCCGGGGGCGGGGCAGGCGGCGGCGGGGAGGAGGGCAAGCGGUCCCCUCAGUCGUCGUGGGGGGAGGAGUGGGAGGAGGACGGCGGCGGGGAGGGGGAGGGGGAGGAGGUUGCCGGGAUGAAGAAUCGGGUGAUGCACCUGGAGGCGGCCCUGGUGAGGUCGGAGCUAGACCUGUGCCGGGCGAGGACCGAGCUCGAGGCGAACCGGCGGGAGGCGGAGGCCCGCAGCCAGGCCAAGGAAGCUGCGACCGAUCGACGAGACCGCCACCCUGUCGUGCCUGGAGACAUCCCCGCUCUUUACCACGCCCUGGAAGGGUCAGUCGUCCUCUUACAGAUCGCCUCGGAGAAGAUGCUUUGCCUGGAGCACACCAUCGCCAAGCACCGGGAGGCGAUGCCGAGGCACCUCUACAGGGAGCUGCAGGACUGCGUUACUCAGGACGCGAUGCUGCUGUCCCCUCUCCCGCGCCGUCGCCAGCAGCACGGCCACUACCACGUCCACCACCAGCGUUAAAGGGCUCUCGCUCUUGACGACAAUAGCGGUGCUGCAGAGCUGUAGCCGCCAUGAGAAGAAGAAGCACCUGCUGCUGCUGCUGCUGCCACUGCCAAGAGCAGUGGCGCACUGCACGAGUUGCUGCUGCCUCGGCUGCUGCUGACGUUUUAGCCGAAGUUUUCGGGUCGAUGGCUUGCCGGGUUGUCGCCCCCCAACUCAAACCUCGCGAACGCGGAAAUGCGACGCAAGGCGGGGGGCGCUGUUUUUGAGGCGCCCCUUCUUGCGUCGGCAAGGAAAAGCGCACAUAUUUCAGGCAUUUUAGAGUCCGGAAGUUGUCGUCUGGAACACCGCACCGAUUGACCCAGAGGGCGGCGUUUAAGUGUACAUUUUUUGUCGUAUGGGGAAUUGUCGAUUGCAGUGGGAGUUUGUCGAUUGUAAUCAGGGUUUUGUCGAUGGUAUGGGUGGGUGGGUGGGUGGGGGGGGGGGUUGUUAGUCUUGUUGGUAGUUUUUUUUUUGGCUGUGUUGCGAGGGGGAAUGAGAGAGAGAGAGACAAUGGACGGAGGCAGAGGCAGAGACGCCGGGGAUGCGUGGGCAUGGGUGCCAGGGGCGUUUUAAAUAGCAGCUAUUUCGUGUUUCGCUCCCAAAUUUCCGAAGUUCCAAAUCCACAGAUAAUAGAACCUCGAUUUGCGGCCGAGGAAAAUAGCACCGAAAAAAAAUUGAACGUUCGAUAGUGUUGGAAUUUGGAAGCAAAACGGCUGUUUUUGAAACGGCCGUAGUAUGUAAAGAGCGGUGACCUGUUGAGCACGAUUAUUAUAUUUUACAUGGCAUUACAUCAUAUUCCCGUUUUCCCGUUUUGAUGUUUGUCGUGCUACAAAGUUUUAUGUAGAUUCUCUGUGGGGGUUCACAUUGCUUCUCUGUGUGAGAAAGAGCGAUGUCGGUGUAUUCUGUGUUACCACUCCUUCCAACCCGUGGCCACGCACCAAAUCGAAUACAAACGGCAACGUUAGGUUGAAGAUUUGCGAGGACAACAGACAUGGUUGCGGACCACGAGGAUGCGGGGGGGCGGGGGGAGGGGGGGGAGUUCAAGAAUCGAAGAACAUAUUUUUAUGACUGUGUCCUUCACCGUCGACCGCCUUCUCCUUGUGACAGUUGUCGCUCCAAAGAAAAAGGGCCGAGGUGUUGCGAAACAUGUGUAGGAGAGAAUGGUGGACAGGGUCUGGUGCGGCGUGCCGCGGGAACUCUGUGCGGGUUCAACAUACCAGGAAGUUCAUAGCCUCCGCGCCCCCGAGUCACGACGAGCCUGCUUCUUGUUCUUGUUUUGCGAGCGGGUCUGUAAUUUGAGGUAGAUUGAGGUAGAUUUGUCCCCCCCCCUUCUGUAAUGUUCGAUUUGCUCUCUCGGGCCUUAAGGCCACGACCAAAUAAGCAUGAGGGAUAUAGGCCAUGAAGGAAGGUUUGGUCCCCACUGCUUGGAGCCCAACUGCUCUUCUUGUGUGGGGGUGGGUUCGUUAGGUUUUCAGGGCCGGGAGAGGGUGUGCCAGUGAAGGACGUCAGAGCCUGAGUGGGGAUGCUCUGCAGAUGUAUAGUUGCUUUUUGUGUUGUUUUUUCAUGUUUUUUUGUGACGCCCGGUGCUCCGUCUUUCCGUGAGAACUCGGCGCGCGUGGAGGGACGGCACGGGUGAGUGCCGGUGCCGAAGCUUGGUGGUCUCAUUGUGGUGCCACUGAAGCUUUUGCCGGUGCUUGGCUGGGCGCGAUGUGACGACUUUCGUGUGUUAAAUGUGGGUGCGCCCUGGGUGUUCUCUUGUUAUUCUAGCGUCGUCCCUGUCUCUUGAUGACGGUGCCGCCGCUGUUGCGGCUUAUGCUGAAGCCGGCGGCCAAGACUACCGUAUACAAGAAAUAACAUGAUCGAUCCUUGGGAUGUUCACAGCAGAUGUUUCGAAUGCGACAUGUUUUCCUGUAAGCCCCCCCCCCCCCC